AUUAAUACAGGUGUGGAGGAGGUUGGCUGUGUCUUUUGAAUUUCAUUUCGAUUUAUUUAGUGUAGUAGAUCGGUCAUCGUUUUAUUUUAAAAAAUAAAACACAUAUAACAUUUUUACGAUACUAAAAAGACAAGGAUAACAAAACAUUACAGUUUUAAUUUAGUAAUCGGUGUAUUUUUUACAAUCAGUAUGCAAGAAACCGUUACAAACUCUAACGAAAGAAAGUCAUUGUUCUCGUCGUUCUUGGAGGUGCUGGAGGCUCGUGAUAAACAGGCCCAGAUCGACAAACAACUACAGGAAGAAAAAUAUCUUAGGAGAACCCAGCGAAUUUAUGAUUUUCAUGAGCGACAACGGCGCGAAGCGGUGGAGCUGCAGCGCUGCUUGGAGUACGUGUCGCAGCACGCGCACGUACUGGAGACCGUGCUGCGCGGCGCGGCCGGCGGCGGCAGCGACGCGCCGCUGAGCGCAGCACUGGUGCGCCAGGCCGCCGCGCUGCAGCGCUGCAUGGCGCAGUGUGUCGCCAACGCCAGUCGCAUCCGACAACUGCUCACCGCGACUCACCAGCCGCAGAUGGAUACCAUGCUUGCUAAGAUGGUGGUCAAAGCAGCAAGGGAAAGAAUUCGAAGAAAUCCUGUCCGAAAGCAAAAGAUUUUAUCUCGGGAGAUGAAGAUAGCACCUAGAACCAUGUCGCGUAUUUUAAAAGACGACUUAGGACUUGCAGCCUUUAAGAGACGCACAGGACAUUUUUUAAAUGAUAAUUUAAAAAAGAAUAGGGAAGCUUCUCAAUUAGUCGACAGAGUGCAACGUGGGCAUUAUCCGACUUCAGUGAUGGUUUGGUGGGGUGUUAGCUAUGAAGGAGUGACUGAGCCAUACUUUUGCGAAAAAGGUAUCAAAACAUCGGCACAAGUGUAUCAAAAUACCAUUCUUGAGAAGGUAGUUAAGCCUCUUAACAACACCAUGUUCAAUAACCAACAAUGGUCCUUCCAGCAAGACUCGGCGCCGGGUCAAAAAGCUCGGCCGACGCAGUCUUGGUUGGAAACAAACGUUUCCGACUUCAUCAGAGCUGAAGACUGGCCGUCGUCUAGUCCCGAUUUUAAUCCGCUGGAUUAUGAUUUAUGGCGCGCGCGGAACGCAACGCGGCCGAAGAUAGUCUCUCGAUCACCAACGCCCUUAGUGUUCCUACUGCUGCAGCCGGGCGAGAAGGAAGAUAUCUCCCUCACGCGAAAACAAUUAUACGCUGGAUCUAGAUUAAUGUGUGUCCAAGAGUUCUUCUUCAUGCAGAGGAUAUACCGAGUACCGAGAUUUCACUACGGUUAUUUGCCAAUCUACAAACCACUGAAACCGGCCAGAGAUUUAAAAAGUGCAUUUGCAAGGAAUACUGUCUACAGCAUGAUGUCUGUGCUUUAA